CAGACGUUUAUCUGACUUUAUAUUUGAGCCCACUUUGAUUUGAAGGUGUUCCUUCGAUUUUUAACACCUUAUCUAUAUAUAUUUAUAUCUAUAUUUUUUUCCUUCCAGCGACACGGAUCUCGCGAUACUAUCUGUUCGCCUAGCACGAAGAGCAGUCCGAGAGAGACACCCAGCUAAAACAUCUCUGUUGUUUUGUCUGUAAUCCUGAAGUAAGAGCGACAAAAAAAAAAACAGAGAGACGUUUUAUCGCGCUGGUUGCGCUGUAACCCGGACGCCCAGAACUUCCUGAACCUCAGACGUCACUUGUUUACUGUUGGCAGAGUGGAAUUCAUCGGUACGCAGCCACAGAAUCCUAAUUGUAUGUCUGCGGCGCUAACUGUUAGCUGACAGGCUACCUAGCAUAGCCAGCCGCUGAAGCAAUGGCGUUGAAAAGAAUCCAGAAGGAGCUGUCAGACCUGCAGAGGGACCCCCCUGCCCAGUGUUCUGCUGGACCAGUCGGAGAUGACCUGUUCCAUUGGCAAGCAACAAUAAUGGGUCCAAGUGACAGUCCAUACCAGAGUGGGGUGUUUUUCCUCACCAUUCACUUUCCAACAGAUUAUCCCUUCAAACCACCAAAAGUUGCGUUCACAACAAAAAUAUACCACCCUAAUAUCAACAGCAAUGGGAGUAUUUGUCUGGACAUACUGAGGUCACAAUGGUCGCCUGCACUCACAGUGUCAAAAGUAUUAUUGUCUAUCUGCUCACUUCUUUGUGAUCCAAAUCCAGAUGACCCACUGGUUCCAGAGAUUGCUCAUACGUACAAAGCUGACAGGGAAAAGUACAACAAAUUAGCGAGAGAAUGGACACAGAAGUAUGCUAUGUGAGAACAACAGGAAGAGAGGGAAAAAAAAAAUACGAACGAGAACAAAAGAACCCACAAAGGAUUUGUUACUUGAUACAAAUGAACAACGGAGACGAGGGGGAGAGGAAAAAGUCAAAACAAAACAGCCCACAUUUUGAGAAGGACGUGAUCCGACGCGGUACAGUGCCACUCGGCUUUCGGUGUGCAGAGCUCCCACAAUGUGCUGUCCUUCAUUACUGGUGUAGAUCUGCAGAGCAGGACCUGGCGGCCUACUUAAAGGCACUCCCAUAUGGAAAACUGGAAUUUCUUUACGGCCCCCGAUGCCACACUCAGACUGUAUACUGGUAGUCUUUCUGUUGUGGUUAUCGUCGUCGCUAUUCUUAAACUUCAUUUUCAUUGAUGUCAACUGUUCCGUCUAGGAGAGUUGCUUUUCCUGCAUUUCAGAGGUACUUUACGCACCCUACUGGAUCUCUUCUUAUUUCUGUACUUUCAUGUAUUUAGUGGCCUUUCUGUGUAAGUUUUCUUUUUUUUUUUUUUUUGUGUAUGUGCAAUUGAGACAGAAUGUUUCUUGUCGAACACAAAACGGCUCAGCAGACUACCUGUUUGCAAUAACUGUCUCUACUCCAACACAAUGUGAAAUGAUAUAAAAAAAACAAGGAUUAGUCUCAAUUGUCCUCUGUAAUUGAAAAUCUAAACUAUUUUACAGUUUUUAAGACACUGGAGAGCUUCUGUUUUAGAGCCGGCAGGCUUAGAGUCGCUGUUCUGGGACCCCCCAUGGGCUGGAUUUUUCAUUCCCCUAUUCUCACACAUGUUGUCAUUGCACUACUAUACUAUCGAAAAAAACACCAAUCACUUAUGUAUUCAUUGUGCAAAAACAAUACUGCUGUCCAUUUGUGUUGUAUAGCUACACACCUGGCUAGUCCUUCACCACAAAGCUUCGCUGGGCUCCACCCCGUCGGUACAGUUACUCAGGUAUCUAACCAAGUUAUCAGACUUGACAAGCAUCGACUCAUGUUAUCUGCCCUUUAUGUUCAGGGCUCAUCUCUAAUCACCUUACAAAAAAAAAAAAAAAAAAAGGCCAAUUUCUUUCCCUUACCAGGGAUUAUGUUGCGCAGAUAAAUGCUGUGUAAGAAGUACUGUCAUCCUCGCUGUCCCUCUGCAGGACCUUUUGAUAUUAUUCAUUGAACACCAGGAGUUUAAGAGACAUAACGAGACGUACACACUACUGUUUUACUGUAAUGAAAGAGCCCGCUUGUUUCUGGUGGCGUCCUUUGCUACUGGAGAUGAGUUUGUGCAAGACUUUGCCAUUUUAGCUCGUGAACGUUUAAGUUACUUGAGAUGUUCGAUACGAUGACACUAUAAUUUGCUUCAACAGAUGAUUUAAAAAAAAACAUUUAUUUUUUUUCUUUUUUCACGUUCAUGAGUGGGUCGGCAAAUUUUUUUAUUUUGGAAUUAACUGACAGUAAAACCUUUUGUCUGGGUAAUACAUUUGUGACUGUAUUUUUGAAAGCUUUUAGUUUUAGGCUUUUUUGUUUUCUUCUUCUUUGUGUCACAAAAACUGAACGUGGUUGCGAUGUGUCACGAUGUCAUGUUUUACAUAUACUCCAUUGUCACUGCUGGGAAAAGGCAGACGAGAAAAAGCGGUGAUUGUGUCUCGGUAUGCUGGUGCUGCAAACAUAAAGGGACGUGUUGGAUAUUUAAAAGGGAAAUGCUUUUUUUUGUUGUUUUUCUUUUUCUUCUAUUGAGGCAUUAUUGAAUGAGUUUAACCAGGAAGAUGCGUAGUUAGGCAUGACUGAUUGUAGAACCUUUUGUAGAAUUAACACUGAAUUAGCCACGUAACAUAGAUUAUAUUAGCUGCUGUUAUAGAAACCAUACAAAACAAGUCCUUUUAAAAAAAAAAACAAUAGAAUCUAAAGUGUUUAAAAGUGUAUUCUCUAUAUGCAGUGAAAGGCUUAGCUGCACGAUCCGGUUGUACUUUGUAUUCAGUGCAGUCAUCUAUUCACAUGUCCCAGCCGUACAGCUGAAGCCACCCUCAGUUCCAGAUACGACUGAUGCUACGUUUAAUUUCUUAGUCCAGCGUGCUCCGUAGAGUUUCUAUAGGCAGCUUGGCAUGCUUUGCACUCUGGAGAACCUUCUCACAGCCAUUUUGCCAGAUAUCAGGGAUUUUGUUACAUUUUAUCUGCCUAACACCUCAAACUAAAACAUUUUUUAGCCUUAACCCUCAUUUUUAUAUAUCUCUGGAGGACGUGUCGAUAACUUGUAAAUUAGCUGUCAGGAACUCCAAAUUAGGGUUUGUUCAUCUCGGUAAAAAAAAAAAAAAAAGACGCGGGAGCCUGCUUGAGCAGUACUAAUGUCAUGGCUUUGUCGGCAUGCGGAACCUGCCUUCACGCAUCUGAAAAUUUGGAGUAAAAUACACUUCAACUGCCACCAUGAACCUACAUGUUUUACAUAGUUACAAAACAAACGGAUAACUAAUGACCUUGUUAUAACAUGACAAUAAAGUUCAUCUUGGUUUA